CAACAUACACAAGAUGGUGUGUGGUAAAACCAAAUAACCUAGACGGGGAUCAAGCGAAUGUACUGUUCAUCGUUUACAACAUUUCUAUUGUUCUUAACUUUCUACGAUUAACAUUUACAGUUAAACGUGUCAGAACUAAAAUCAGGAAAUGUCUUCAGCUAUGGAAUCUUCGAGAAAUGGAGACGUUAUGCAGGAUAUGAACCUGGCAGAAGAUCAGAUCAAAGCGCUGGAAGAAAAUUUUUUGAAAGUAAGCAAACAGCCAGAUGAAGCGACAUUAAUGCUGAUCGCAGCUGAAUGCGGACUGUCAGAGGAGGACACAGCGAAGUGGUUCAAACUUCGCUAUUCAAAAUGGAGAACAUCAGAAGGCCUACCUGCCAUGUGUGGAUCUGUCAAAGAUUAAUUACAGCUUGGAUACCAACUUCCUUUUGCUGAAAAGUUAACUACCCUUCAACUAUUGAAUUUAUCAUUGUAAAAUUAUGAAGAUUCAUAUUUUUUUUUCUUCUGCCUCCCUAGUUGUUUCUGUCUCCUUAAUGUGAAUUGGAUUUUUAAAAAGCCAGUGUAAUGUAUAACCUUAUUAAUAUUAUAUCUUCGGAAAUGAUGUACAUAAUGCUAUUUACAAACUUCAAUUUGAUCAAGUAAAGUGCCUGACAUAUCUAUGUUUAAAAGUCUCUGUUAAUUUUGUAGAUUAAUGGUUAGUGUCAUGGUUCAAUGAAACUCCUGGACAAGAGAGGGGCGAUACUGCAAAAUUGGUGGACAUACAUAAAAGUAAAUCAAAGCCUUACCAAUACAACCAAACUGGCCACAAAUUAUGGUCUGGCGUUCCAGUGAUGAUGAGAAGGAAGAGCAAUUUCAAACUAAAUUACAGUAUAUGCUGUUUAGCAGUGUAAGUCCAGUAUGCAGUUCAUUUAUUAAAGAAAAUAAUAUUAUUUACGGACCAGGAAAGAAAUGGGAGGAAUUGUACUGUGCAACAGUGUGUUUCCCAUCAGCUCAAUGCUAUCUUGUUAUUCAUGAAUAGUGAGCUUAUUUAAACGUUACAAAAUUGAAAUGUACAUUUCUUGCUUCAUUGUGUUUAUCAGAUUUCUUUUUUACAUUUAAAACAAAGGGCAAUGAAAGUUCUGUUAAUUUAGUAGGGCAACCUUUCAUUAUGCUUUAAAAAAAAAAAAAAGCUUUUUGUUUCUGAAAGCUUCUUUUCUACCCCUUAACUUUCUGUUCUUACAGAAUUAAAUAUCAAGAACUGUAUUACCCCUAGCAGGCACCAAAUAAAACCAAGCCAAAAUAUUUGGAAUGUAAUUUGAGAUUAACGUGUUCGUGCUACUUAUGUAUGUGAUAAAGUACUAUAUAUAAGGUAUUAAUCACAAAAUCUUGUUGAUGGAUAUUCUGAAGAUUUUGUCCAGAUAUGACAUAUCAUACAAUCCCAAACCAACCAUCUGAUUGGUUAGAACUAGAGCUACAGCUGCGGGAAAAUGUCUCAGUAUCGCUCACCUAGCGAUUAUUUUGCUGUUCUAAAAUUCUGCCCCUUUGAUACUUUUCUGCUGCAGUACUUUUUUUCAUCAAUGCGAGUUCAGUCUCACAGAAAUAAAUGGUGAGCGAUAUGCGUGGCAAAAUUGUGCUUUUUCCACGCCGCUCAUGUG